CAAAACCCGGACGAGGGCGGGUGACGCAGGCCGGGCGGCCGCGGCGGCGUUGGGCCCGCGGCCAGACGAAGAGGCGGACCUGCGCCCCGGGGCCGGGCUUCAGCGACACCCGGGCGGGCGCCGGCGCCUGCCCCGCCCUCAGGGAGGCGGGGGCGCAGCGGAGGAGGCGGCGCCACCGAAGAGCCCGCGCCAGCUAAGAGCCUGCGCCCUCCCGUCCGGCCCGCAGUCCCGGCCAGGGCGGGGCGGCAUCCGCGGAGGCAGCGCUGCCAGUCCUGGUGGGCCCGAGCGGCGCUGAGACCCGGGCGGCGGCGGCGGCGGGCCGGGAGGCCGGAGCCGAGCCAGCGACCCGCCAUGGAGACGCGCUACAACCUGAAGAGUCCGGCUGUUAAACGUUUAAUGAAAGAAGCAGCAGAAUUGAAAGAUCCAACAGAUCAUUACCACGCACAGCCUUUAGAGGAUAACCUUUUUGAAUGGCACUUCACAGUUAGAGGGCCCCCAGAUUCUGAUUUUGAUGGAGGAGUUUAUCAUGGACGAAUAGUACUGCCCCCAGAGUACCCCAUGAAACCACCAAGCAUUAUUCUCCUAACGGCUAAUGGACGAUUUGAAGUAGGCAAGAAGAUCUGUUUGAGCAUCUCAGGACAUCAUCCUGAAACUUGGCAGCCUUCAUGGAGUAUAAGAACAGCAUUAUUAGCCAUCAUUGGGUUUAUGCCAACGAAAGGAGAGGGAGCCAUAGGUUCUCUAGAUUACACACCUGAGGAGAGAAGAGCCCUUGCCAAAAAAUCACAAGAUUUCUGUUGUGAGGGAUGUGGCUUUGCCAUGAAGGAUGUCCUGUUGCCUUUAAAAUCCGGAAGCGAUUCAAGCCAGGCUGACCAAGAAGCCAAGGAACUGGCUAGACAAAUCAGUUUUAAGGCAGAAGUCAGUUCAUCUGGAAAGACUAUCGCUGAGUCAGACUUAAACCACUCUUUUUCACUAAAUGAUUUACAGGAUGAUAUACCUACAACAUUCCAGGGUGCUACGGCAAGUACAUCGAAUGGAGUCCAGAACCCCUCAGCAGCAUCCCUUCAACAACCUGCCCAGCCGGUCGCUAAGAACACCUCCAUGAGCCCUCGACAGCGCCGGGCCCAGCAGCAGAGUCAAAGAAGGUCGUCUGCUUCCCCAGAUGUGAUCCAGGGCCAGCAGCCAAGAGCGCACCACACAGAUCAUGGCGGGUCCGCUGUACUGAUCGUCAUCUUGACUUUGGCAUUGGCAGCGCUUAUAUUCCGACGAAUAUAUCUGGCCAAUGAGUACAUAUUUGACUUUGAGUUAUAAUAUUGUUUUGUGUCUUAAGAGCUGUGACUCAGCUGCUUCAUUAAACAUUCUGCAUUGGGUAUAAUCUAA